AUGGAGAAUAUUAACGACGAGAACAACAACGAAAUCAAUCACAACAAUCAUGGAUUGGGAGCCGGAGCCCCUUGGGAUCAGGAAGAAGGAAAUGGAAACAACAUUGACAUGGAAAUGGAAGACGGAAACGACCGUGAUGCAAAUGGAGAUUUAGAUGGAGGAAUUGCUGUCAACCCUGAUGGCGCUUCGAAUUCGAAUCGAACAACCACUGAAUGUGAUUUGGUGCUUUACCUAGAAUGCGAGGAAGAGAUAUCUGCUGCCCCUAAUCACCCAAUUAUUAGACCUGGUGCUACAGUAUUCAUUGGAAUGGAUAAGAAUACGAAACUCGCAGCUGUAUUUAAGCGAUUUGUGGAGUUCUGUAAUGAUCGCCAGAAACGAAGAGACCACAUUGAGGUCUCUGAUCUUGAAUUUCUACACUGUCAACUGUUGAAUGGGUCCGAUACUGCCGAGACCAGCGCGUUGAUGAAGAAUGAUCGCAUCAAAGUCCGAGCGAACAAAUCAAUUGAGCGAGAAAUUGAAGCAGAACGAAAGCGACAACAACGAAUUGCGGAUGCUCAUUUCUUUGACCAAAUGCGAAUUUUGCUGCCAGAUAAAUGGAACAAAUAUGCUGAUAUAGUCUUGGACUGCCAAGGCAAGCUUGUAGAUGAUAAGGGGAGAAACCAAAAAGUCUUGUGGACGAAGGUCAAGGCUUACACUCCCAUCUUGCAGGCACGGUGUCCCUGGAUUUAUGAUAUUAUCAUGAAGGCAAAGACUGACGCACUUGCGGCAGCUCUGGCGCAAGAUACAGCAUUGGAAUUCACACCCAAUGUCGAGGACACAAAAUCUGUGGUAGCAAGGGUGGAAUCAGAAAUGAAAGCGGUUGACGAGGAUGAAGACGACAACAGUAUCGAAGUCAUGCCGUUCAAUGAAAACGACGCCCAAAACGCAGAAAUUGCUGCUUCAUCAGGAGCAAAUGAAAUCGAAAACGACGAUGAGGAAGAUCUUCGGUUUGAUGGGUGCGCAAAGGUGAGGUCCGAUUCGCCAGUGUUGUCAUCGAGGCAUCGAGGUCAGAGCGAACCUCUGAAGAAAGAUUUGUUCAAAGUCACUGUUCAAAACCACUCUCCCGAGGCCAUAAAACUGCUACUUGAAUACUGCUAUACCAAUCGAGUCGUCGUUCUGGGCUUGAAUGCAUUCAUUGUUGCUUGCAAAGAAAGGCCAACCGGAGAGAAGGGGCCUAUUCCUCCACUUCCGAUGACAAAAGCGGGGCAUCCUCGAUAUGCGCAAGACAGUCGUCCGCUUGUUUCGUUUCAAGUCGCCCUUGCAGGCAUUGAGUUGGCAGAAGAAGCCAAUAUGCCCAGAUUAUCUCUGAUGUGCGAGGUAGCUGCAGCACAGCUUGUUACAUCCAUCAAUGUUGUCCGGGCACUUUCAUUAUGCGCAUCGCAGAAAAGCAAGUCCGGGAAUGAUUUACCAAAGUUGCGCAAAGCAGCCAUGGAUGUUGUGUUGAGAAAUGGAUCCCGAGGUGUUCUUGAACUUGGGAGAACGGCAAUGUUUCGAAAGGCUCUGGAGGAACCAAGGGCGAUCAUCGUCCCAACUCUACUACAGGGUACAACCGAAGCUGUCACCAGGUAUGGGAAACGGGGGCAAUCAAAGCGCACAAAACCAAACGUCUCUAUUUAUAGCUUUGAUGAAUUGGAUAGAGAGGACGCAAUUAAACGGGAACGCGAGCGUCGAAAAAGGCGAAUUGAAAGUGGACGUGCCUAUGAAAUUGAAGAAUAUGGGAAUGAUCCAUCCUUGCGAUGGAAGGCGUCAUAUGACAGUAGUGGAAGUAGGAAGAGACCACUGAAAUUAAUGCCUGCUACAAGAGGGAAAACGAUAAGUAGAUCUGAUGAGCACGGAAGCAAGAGCCGCCGUGAGUCUGGAAGCCAUCGAAGACGAGCAAACUAA